GGCGGCGGCGGCGGCGGCGGCGGCCGGAGCGGCGAGUCGAUGCCGCCCGGGAUGCGCUUCGCCCAGGCAGCUUUGGCGGCGAGGGCUCCCGUGGCUCAGGAUGAGACCUGGGGGCACGCUGCUCGCCCUGGUAGCCAGCCUGAUGCUGCUGCUCCUGCUGCGUCUGCUCUGGUGCCCUGCGGACACGCCCGCUCGCUCCAGGCUGUCGGUGGAGGAAAGCAGGGAGGACACCCGUGGCACCUCGGCAGCAAUGAGGACUAUCUGGAGCCCGGUCACCUCAGUACCGCUCACCAGGAACAGCACAUAUCUGGAGGAGAAGUCACCCCAGCUGACAGAGAAAUGCAAAAAUCUGCAGUCUGACUUGAAGUCUUUAUUUAACAAAACGAGACGGUAUUCUGAGGAUGACUACAUUCAGAUCAUCACAAACAUACAGAGAUGCCCAUGGAGACGACAAGCAGAAGAAUAUGAGAAUUUCAGAGCAAAGCUGGCUUCCUGUUGUGACGCGGUUCAGAGCUUCGUGGUUUCCCAGAACAACACUCCACUGGGGACUAACAUCAGCUAUGAGGUGGAAAACAAGAGGCAAAUCCCCAUUCGAGAGAACCUUUUCCACAUGUUCCCAGUGACUCAGCCUUUUGUGAACUACCCCUAUAACCAGUGUGCAGUGGUUGGCAAUGGGGGAAUUCUGAACAAGUCUCUCUGUGGAGCGGAAAUUGAUAAAGCUGACUUCGUUUUCAGGUGCAACCUCCCCCCAAUCACAGGGAAUGCUAGUAAAGAUGUUGGAAGCAAAACGAAUCUUGUGACUGUCAAUCCCAGCAUCAUAACACUGAAAUACAAGAACUUGAAGGAGAAGAAAGCAAAGUUUCUGGAGGAUAUUUCCAACUAUGGAGAUGCCUUCCUUCUCCUGCCAGCCUUUUCCUACAGGGCCAACACAGGCAUCUCUUUUAAAGUCUACGAAACCCUCAAAGAGUCUAAAGUUAGGCAAAAGGUUCUCUUUUUCCAUCCCAUGUACCUGAGACAUCUUGCUACCUUCUGGAGAACUAAAGGGGUGACGGCAUACCGCCUGUCCUCAGGCUUGAUGAUCGCAAGUGUCGCUGUGGAACUGUGUGAAAAUGUGAAGCUCUAUGGAUUCUGGCCUUUCUCUAAGACUGUAGAAGAAACACCUGUCAGUCACCACUACUAUGACAACAAGUUACCUAAGCGUGGUUUCCACCAGAUGCCCAAAGAAUAUAUCCAGAUGCUCCAGCUCCAUAUGAAAGGGAUCCUCAAAGUGCAAUUUAGCAAAUGUGAAAUGCCCUGACGUUUCUUAAUAUGAGAAUAGUUUUCAUAGGAUGUGAUAGGUGAGUUGUGGUUUUGCCAAACACUGAAGGAGGAAGGCGCAGAGAGUGGGGGAUCACAAAAGAGCUCCCCCACUUGGCUAGACCAAAGCUCCCCACUAACUUUGCAGCUUCCACUCGCCACUCAUUCCAACCUUCAACUUUCUCUGAAAAUGGAGAUCUUGAUAUCAGUCUCAGACAAGUAAAAUGAGGUCAUUUUUUUAAAGCCUCCUGGCAUAGAAUUUGAUUUGAGGCAGGGACUCACUUGUUACUAUUUGUAAUAGCCAUUUCCACUUUUACCAGAGUGGUAAUGAAAUGAGCCAAAGACCCUUCCUGAAGAGAAUGGCUGAAUCACGAGGACACAUUUCUUACUCACAACCCUUCCUUUAUUAGUAAUAUCUUCCCAUUAUUCUCUCUCUCCUAAAAGAGUACAUACAAAAAUGUACCAUUAAACAAGAAAGCGUUGAUUAUUCAGGAAGAAAAAAAUUUUUUUACUUGGCAUUGUGCCUGUCUUUGGUUCAGUUUCCUUAUGACGUUAGCUGCAUUGAGGUGUUGGUUGGAUUUGGGGCAUUUUCUUGCCCCUUUUGUCUACAUUUUCUUUGCCUUUAUCAUUUCAUAUCAUUUUGUACUACCUGCUUUUCUCCCCGUACCCGCACCACUACUGAAAGGAUCCACUCAAUGACAUAAGUAGUUACAAUGCUCACUGCUUCUCACCUAUUAUCUUGUCUGUGGAGUUACUCAUCCAGUUUUUAAAAAUGUGGAACAGCUAUUUGAUGCCCAGCCCUGGGACCAGGCUCUGUGGGAGGGUAUGAAGAUAUUGCCACUGGCAGAAAAGCAGGUACAUGUCAUUAAUGGAUAAGAUACCACAGUUGUCGUCAUGACUGUUACAAGCACAGUGCUGGACGGAUCCUAGACAAGAAUAGUGAUGUCUGAUCUAGUGGAAUCAACGUCAUCUUAACUAGUUCAGAGAAGAGAUGGUUCCAGAUUUAAGACUAGAAAAUAGCCAAGUCUUACUUAGCAAACUAAGAGGAUUCUAGGUAGAGGGGAUGUAACAGGAAGAGAAUGCUGUUCCCUUGAUUCUGAUCAUCAAAACAAGUGUGCUAAAAGGCAGAGCAGAAAGCUGCCCUACAAACUCCAUACUGGGAGAGGGUACAGUGGUUAGGGAUGAUGGUUUUUGCACACACUGGUGAAGUGGGAGUAAUUCGGACACAGUUGCUUCAAGAGGAAGACUUGGGAUGGAAACACUCAGCAUAUUUCUCCAGGAGAGAUGAAUGUUUUCAUGAGAAAUUAUACCUGUAAGCAUAAGUCUAGAGUAAAAUUUGAGUAAACAAAUAUGAGCAUUUUACACUCUUUGCUGAUGUCCCAGUGACACCCCUUAAUGUAAGUCAUAACACAUUUAUUAAGUUAUUUGACAAAUAUUCAUGUGCAUGCAUUCCUGCUUAUCCCUGGAUAUUUCCAAGAAAUCGAGUAGGAGUAUAGAAGAUGAGGUCCACAUGCCAAGAUAACUAUAAAUUUCAUUUUUAAUUCUUAGCUGAGCCAGGUUGUUGUAUAUCAAAUGCUUUUUUUGAGGAAACACUGUGCCAUAAAUUCUUCAUUCUGAUAUAACCUUGUAUUUGACAUUUGUGAUGUUAUUUCAAGUUUACAUUUCUUUUGUUCUUUUAUAGCAAAUUAAACUUACUAGCUUUUAAAUUUAUCAAAGGUUCAUAUAUAAAUAUUUUUCAAAAGGUAAAAGGCUUUUUGUUACAUAAAAUCAAAAUUAUUUAUUAUCUUUCUUCUUCUGGUGAAUAGAGGCUCUUUUAUGCUGCUGCUAAUGGAUUUAAUUAGCUUUAAAUAUCUCCUAGCAACAUUUGUCGUGUUUCAAUCAUGCUAUUAGCAAAGAAAUAUUUUUUAAAGUAGAUCAGAAAACUGUCCUUUUUAUAGUUAAUAAAAAUGUUUCUCAAAAUAUUUUAUGGCUAGAAGAAACAAAGUCUUUUUGAUAGUAUUAGAAAUACAUGAUUGAUGAACAAAAGUGGUAGACUAUACUGACUUAAAUUAUUAAAUAAACAAUGUAGAGAUGUUAUAAAAUGUUCUAGCAAAAAUUAUGUCUGGCCAAGAAGUUCUGAACUUACUUUGUGUUUUUCCAUAUAAAAUGCUAUUUUAACUCAGGAGAUUUUAAAUAUAUAUAUAUAAAAUAGCUCUUCAGUGUCACACAUGUGGAUUUCAGAAAUUCUCAAGAUAGCAUGAGAUUAAUGAUCCUGGUGAUAGCUCUGUUUCAACAAAAAUUCAGUAGAAAAAAAAAAUUCUUAAAACUUCUGUGUCGAAAAGCACAGAGUUCUCCACAUGCAAUUCAUCAAUCCAUUUCUUGUUUCAUGUCUGUGUUGCCAAACCGGAUUGUGUUUGAAGUUUUCUCACAGCUCUACCUGGAUGAACACAGGCCGUGGUCAGAAGAGUCCCUGAGAUUCCCUGAGUGCUGUAGUCAGCUCUUCUGGUGCCUCGUCCACAGAGCUACAGGAUGGAGUUUGUAGCUUUUUUUGGUGCUUUGAUCAGUGUGAAAUUUGCAGCAAUUCACUGCCAUGGGGCAAAAAGAACUAUGACUAAUAGUUUGCAGUUCCCAAAGCUGAUAUGCUGUUCUUAAAAUCUUACAUUUUGUGUUGGGCACUGGAUGCAUUGUAGGCCACCUGUGUGUCUCCAACACAUUCCUACUUUGAAUCUACUUCCCACAUGGGUCUGUAGUUGUGAUUUUACCAUAAUUUGGGGCUUCUGGCUGUUACUCAAACUCUCUUUAGAAGAGUCCAUAUCUAACAAGAGUGGGUGGCUCAUUUGCAUCUUGAUAUUUCCUACCUGGGUGAUCAUCACUCUCCCUCUGUUCCCUAUGAUCUUCCAAUAAUGCUCUUUGGUUCUCAAAAUCAAAAUGGCUAAAAACAUUCUAAAAUAUGCCAGCAUAUUAAUUGUGGUAAUUCCUGUGUAUCAGCUAAAUAAUUUGUAAAACAAAACUCAGUUCUUUUUGUUUCUUAAUGGUGUAUAAUACUAUCUCAAGCUUCCACCAACAUCAACACACACACACACACACACACACACACACACACACACACACACACACACACACACACACAAUGACCAUCAAGUCCUUGUAGACUUAUAGAUUAACAAUAUGAUAACACUGUCAAGGAGUCUCUGUGUGGUGAGCAUUGCUUAACUGCUGGUAGGUGGGUUGAAUUUAAUAUUCUGCUACUAAAUUCCAGUCUAUCUAUAGGCAUUAAAGAUAGGUAGUCUGAAUACUAGUGCUAGGUAAUGGUAGACUUUCAGUUAGGAAUUUUAGGAUACCACAUGUUUCAAGGUUCUAAGAGAAAUACUAGGUUGCUUGAUUUUAUUUUCUGUUUGCUGUUCAACAUCAUUGGACAAUGUAAAAGAACAAUAAAAUUCCAAAAUAAUUUCUUACCAAAUCCAAAGGAAAAUAAGAAAUACACAUUCCAGUUCAUCAUUGAUAGUGCUUCAUGUGAGAAGGACUCUGUGGAUAAAGGUAUAGUUUUUUUUUUUUAACUCUCAAGAAAGACAAAGACAGCGCCUGAGUUUCAUGAAAGAUUUCAUACCACAUGUAAAUUUAAACAUAGUAAAUGUAUGGACUUUCAACAGAUAAUCAAGGACAUUCUUUUCCUUGAGCACUUUCUUUGUAUAGAAUACUGAAUUGCCAUAAAUCAGAUCCACUUUUGCUUAUACCUUUUUCCUUGCUUACAAAAAGUCUUGCUAGUUAAAUGACUUAUCUUGUCAAGUAUUCUGAAUCAUUUCAGGAAAUUUAGGGAACUUUGGGAAAAUUUAAAAAAUUCCAUAUAGGAGGUAUACUAUGAUCUUAAACUAUUGCAGAAGUAUAGUUUUGAUGUGACAUAUACAAUAUUUUAUUUAUAUAAUAUUAUAUGAAAAUGUUAUUUUGCUAUUAAACAUUGAAGACAUUGCAAGGAUCUGUUAUAUCUGAUAGACAUAGGAAGAGUCCUUCUCUAUACAUAAUCCAAAAACACAGAUUGUUUAAUAUUUCCUGUUUAUGUGUGGUUCUGAAGGCUGGAUAAAAACACCUCUUGACUUUUAUUACUCUGGCUCAUUACUCUUCUAGGAUCAUUCAUCUUUCUAUAAAAACAUUCAAGUGGUGAAUGAUAAAGAUGUAUUGCUUAUGUAAUGGAGACAGUCAAAUUCCUUUUUAAGCAAUUUAUUUAAAUUUAUUUUAUGUGCAUUGAUGUUUUGCCUGCAUGUAUGUCUGUGUGAGAGUAUCUGAUCCCCUGAAACUGGGGAUAGAGACAACUGUGGGCAGCCAUGUGGGUGCUGGGAAUUGAACCAGUGUUCCCUGGAAGAGCAGCCAAUGGUCUUAACUGCUGAACCAUCUCUCCAGUCACAACAGACAGUCAAACUCUUUAAAAGGGAGUUUUGUAACAAAGAUCAUUACAUGGGAAGAAGUGUAUGCCUCUACAGAACCAUGGGAGACAAGAAGUCAGGCUCCAGAUAGAUUAGAUGAUAGCAAAGUAACAGCAUAAAGCUAAAAGAAAAAAAUACAUAAAGGUUGCACUUCUGCACAUGACCAAGGGUAAUUAUUUUAAGUAACUAAGCUAACAAAUGACAGAUGUGUUUAUAUUAAAAUGCAAUAUUUCUACUUACUAAAUGACCUAUCAAUACUCAUAGCCUCAUGACAGACAUUUCAGGGGACUGCCAUCAACAAGUAAAAAUUUUAAAUGAGCAAAUGUUGACAUGGAUGUGGUUUACUAAGGAAAAACCUGGGUAGCUAAUUAGAACAAGAAGUAGUCAAACUGACUAAUAUCCUGAGAAGUGAAAAUUGGAGUGAAUGCUACAUCCAUUUUUUCAGCAAAAGUUAGUGACAUCAUUAAGUCUUAGUGUUGGUGGAUGUAUAAAUUAAUUCCACAUUUUGGAAAGCAGUUUGGAAAUGCUGAGUGAAAUUUAUCCCACAGCUGUCCUAUGGCCCAGCCAUCUCACUUUAGGCUUUAUGUGCCAGAGAACUUCUAGGAGACAAAUAUUGAGACAGACAAUUAGACAAAGAAUUUUUCAUCUUGGGAAAUUAAUGAGUUAAGCUUGGUGGUUAUAUAAUGUGAAAAAUAAUACAGCUGUUAGAAAGCAACCUGCUAUAGGGAGAUAUAAUAAUGAUAGGUCUUAAAGUUUUAGCAUAAAGGAGAAAUGAGCUUUAUCAAUGCCAUUCCGUUACUUAAAAGUAUAUACUUCAAUGCACAUUUAUCAAAGUCAUAUGCGAAAUACAAGAAGCGUGUCUACUUAGGAGAGGGUAAUGGGAGUGAGCUUAGGGAUAAAACAUGUCAUCACACAGCCAUGGACACAUAGAUUCUUAUUCUCGUAUAAAGUAUUUUACUAACAUAAAAAUAGAAUCUGAGACACAAAACUGUAAGUAAUUUACAUAAGGUUGCAUUAUAGGAGCAAAGGUAGCAUCCAAACUCUCAUGUCUGACUAUAAAGCCAUUUCCCCCAAGUAUGCAAGUACAGAGGGAAAAGAAAAGCCAAGGCCAUAGCUACAACUGACAUAUAACUGACCAAGUAUAUUGAAAGUGUACAACCUGCAAAGUUUUGACCUGUGCAUACUCAUGAAGCCAUCUCCACUACCAAUAGGCACAUCCAUUUCCCCCUCCCGCCCCCAAUGUUUCCUAGUGCUAUUUUGUAAUCAGUUCUUCUUACUGCCUGGUGUUUCUACCCUUGUUCCUAAGGUCUGCUUUUCUAUAGACUAGCUUACAUUUUUACAAUAUAGACUGUUUACAUUUUUUUAGAAUUUUGUACAAAUGAAAUCAUGUUAUGUAUAACCAUGUGCUGUCUUGCUCUUUUUCUCAAAAUGAUACUAUGAAGAUUGAUUUUUGUUUGUGUAUCAGUAGUUCGUUUCUUUAUUUUCUGGGUGGAAUCUUGUUAUGUAAAUGUACCACAAUCCGUUUAUACCCUCACCUGUUUAUAUACAAUUUUGUUGUCUAAUGGUUGUGGAUGCUACUAAUAAAGUUAUCACCAACAGUCA